CCCGGGGCCGCCAUGGAGACCGGCAGCAAGAUGACGGCUCGCCUGAUGCUCGCUGUGGGAGGAGCGGUGCUGGGUUCCUUGCAAUUCGGCUACAACACCGGUGUCAUCAACGCCCCGCAAAAGGUGAUUGAGGACUUCUACAACCGAACCUGGCUGUACCGAUACGAGGAGCCCAUCAGCCCUGCCACCCUCACCACGCUCUGGUCCCUCUCCGUCGCCAUCUUCUCUGUCGGAGGCAUGAUCGGAUCCUUCUCCGUGGGGCUCUUUGUCAAUCGCUUCGGACGGCGCAACUCCAUGCUGAUGUCCAACAUCCUCGCCUUCGUGUCUGCCAUCCUCAUGGGCUUCUCCAAGAUGGCUUUCUCCUUCGAGAUGCUCAUCCUCGGCCGCUUUAUCAUCGGCCUCUACUCCGGCCUCACCACCGGUUUCGUGCCCAUGUACGUGGGCGAAGUGUCGCCCACCGCGCUGCGGGGCGCGUUGGGGACCUUCCACCAGCUCGGCAUCGUCUUGGGCAUCCUCAUCGCCCAGGUGUUUGGUUUGGACUUGAUCAUGGGAAACGACUCGCUCUGGCCACUCCUCCUGGGCUUCAUCUUCGUCCCUGCCCUGCUGCAGUGCAUCAUCCUGCCCUUCGCCCCCGAGAGCCCCCGCUUCCUCCUCAUCAACCGCAACGAGGAGAACAAAGCCAAGAGCGUCCUCAAGAAGCUGCGGGGCACGACGGACGUCAGCAGCGACCUCCAGGAGAUGAAGGAGGAGAGCCGGCAAAUGAUGAGGGAGAAGAAGGUCACCAUAAUGGAGCUCUUCCGUUCCCCCAUGUAUCGUCAGCCCAUCCUCAUCGCCAUCGUCCUGCAGCUGUCCCAGCAGCUCUCGGGGAUCAACGCGGUCUUCUACUACUCCACCAGCAUCUUCGAGAAGGCUGGCGUGGAGCAGCCCGUCUACGCCACCAUCGGCUCCGGCGUGGUGAAUACGGCUUUCACAGUCGUUUCGCUCUUCGUGGUGGAACGAGCCGGACGCAGGACCCUCCACCUCAUCGGCCUGGCGGGGAUGGCGGGCUGCGCGGUGCUCAUGACCGUCGCCCUGACGCUGCUGGACCAAAUGCCCUGGAUGUCCUACCUCAGCAUCGUGGCCAUCUUUGGGUUCGUGGCCUUCUUUGAGAUCGGUCCAGGCCCCAUCCCUUGGUUUAUCGUAGCAGAACUGUUCAGCCAAGGCCCUCGUCCCGCUGCCUUCGCUGUCGCUGGGCUGUCCAACUGGACCUCGAACUUCAUCGUGGGCAUGGGCUUCCAGUACAUCGAGCAACUCUGCGGCUCCUACGUCUUCAUCAUCUUCACGGUGCUGCUCGUCCUCUUCUUCAUCUUCACCUACUUCAAGGUGCCGGAGACGAAGGGUCGGACCUUCGACGAAAUCGCCUCGGGUUUCCGCCAGGGGGGAGCCAGCCAGAGCGACAAGACCCCCGACGAGUUUCACAGCUUGGGCGCUGACUCCCAGGUCUAACCCGCCCGCGGCUCCGCCCGGCCCCUCCCGGCCACCGCCGCCGCCUCUCCUGGCUUUGGGUUGAUUUGUUGUUUUUUUUGUUUUUUUUAAAAAAAACUCACUUUGUACAGAAACCAGGAAGGAGGGAGCGGGGCCGCCCUCGCGCCUGCACCCCUUUUCCAGACUCCCCCACUGGUUUAUCGGGGACAGACUGACCGAUUUUAUUGUUACUGGGGUUUUUUUCUGCUAGGAACGAUUUUAUUUUAUUUUUAGCUGGUUUCGCGUCCAGGAUUUCAAAGCCGAUUGAUGUUUUAAAAACCAACCACGCAGCCUCCGCCAGCGGGAGGGCGGCUCCCUUUUUCUUAACGACGCGAUAGGUUAUUUAACGAGAAAUCAGGUAGCGGAAGUUUUUAAAGCUGGAAACUUUUUUUUUUAACACGCUCUAAUCAUAGAAAAAUCAUGUAAAUUGACUAAAUCGAAACCAAGGAUUUUUUUUUUUUUUUUUUUAACUAAACGAGUUAUUUUUUAAAGCAGUCUCACUGAUUUCAAGCCCCCGGUGGGUUCGCGGAUGGGGAUUUCCCCGCCCGGGGUUGCGCUGAGGACGGGGCGGCCCGGGCCGACGCGCUUGGAAGGGCCGAUGUCCUGCAGCGGGUCGCGGAGCAGCGUCUCCCCCCGCGGCUUCUCGUCUCCUUUGCCUGAAUUUCAGCGGGGAGGGGAAAAGGGGAGGGGGGUGUGUGUGUCUCUUUUUCGUUUGGUUUUGGUUUAAUCUCGGCAAUAUUUGCCCGACGGUGAAGCGCCGGCAGAGCGAACCGGCCCCCCCACACUACAGCACCCCCCGCCAUCGCUCCCGCUCCCGGCCUCACCAAAACGCAUCAUCACGCGGAUACAUCCCUCUCCUGCUCUGUGUAUAGACUGGAAGAUAUUUAUAUUAUAUAUAUUUUUGUUCAAUGGUUGUUAAUAGUAGACAUUUAAGUUAUAGCGUUUCUGAUUUGACAAGCAAAGUACUGUAAAUAUUCUCGGAGUAUAUUCACACUGUAUAAUGUAUACACAAAGGUACAGACGCAAAGGUAUAGUUUCUAUAGCGACUAAGCAAAAGCUUGUACAUGGUUAGGAUGACUUUUGUAUAGUUUAUUACCUGCACUGUAGUUGUAUCUAUUGCACUGAAUUUCAGGCUGUAGGAUAUUAAAAACGGAGAGAAAUACUGUCCUUUUCGAACAAAACUGAACACCCCCCUCACAAAGAGCCUCCCUUCCCCCCACGUGCAGCUGCUGCGGGAGCUGCUGCCCCGUUCCCAAAGCCGGGGGCAAGUUUUUUACCGAGUGGGGUUUGGUUUUUAUUUAUUUGUCUGGUUUGGAAGUGAUUUCACUUGACCACACUUGAAAGAAAAUAAAGGUGGGGGGAAAAAAAAAAAAUAUAUAUAUAUAAAAAGCCACCCUGUGAUAAAACUCUUCGCGUCCCUGCGCGGCACAGCACCCCGGGAGUGUGCGUGUGUGUUUUUUUAUUUUUAAAACAAAUACAUAAAAACAAGUGCCAAGAGGAAGGUGUGUGGUGUGCGAACAAUAAAGGAGAAUGUGUGCAGCGACCCG